AUGUCAUUCGAUCAGCUCUCCUCCCUCGAGGCAGGGCGCCGUCGCAAUACCGGCGGCGGCCAGUAUACCGAUGACCCCGAGUUCCAGCGCCUCUCCCAAGAUUUGAUGAACAAGCUCUUCAGGCUCAACGGGAACAACCAGCGACUCCAAGGCGAAGUCAGCCACCUCGGCACACGGCGUGACACCCCGCGGGUUCGGGAACGAGUCCACGAGCUGAUCGAGGAGUCGCGCGACCUGUUCAAGGAAGUUGGCGAGGGCGUCAAGAAGGUUCAAACAUGGGAAGAUGUCACUCCCACCCAAAAAUACAUGCAACAAAAACUCUCCCGCGAAUUCCAGUCCUCCCUCUCCGAAUUCCAAUCCCUCCAGCGCACCGCCCUCGACAAGCAAAAAGCCUCGGUAACCGCCGCCCGCUCCGUGAUCGACGCCACCGACCCUUCGCACUCGUCGCACCCGUUGCUCGACGAACCCCAGCUGCUCCAACAUCAGGAACAAGAACUCACCCACCUCGCGCCGCAAUCCGACGUCGACUUCCAGGAUGCGCUCAUCCUGGAGCGCGAGGAGGAGAUUCGCAAUAUCGAGCAGGGUGUUGGUGAUUUGAAUGUGCUGUUCCAGCAGGUGGCGCAGAUCGUCAGCGAGCAGGGCGAGAUGUUGGAUACGAUUGCGAAUAAUGUGGAGAAUGUGAGGGAUGAUACGGCGGGGGCGGAUAGGGAGUUGAGGAGCGCGGCGAGGUAUCAGAAGAAUGCGAGGGGCAAGGCGUGCUGUUUGUUGUUGAUUUUGAGCGUUAUCUUGACGAUUGUGUUGUUGGCGGUGUUCUUGGGUUAG